CUGAAGACGUAUAAUAACUAGUUAAUCAGCCAAAAGAAAAUGAAUAUUGGAUUUAUUGGAGGUGGCCGUUUGGCUCAAGCCCUUCUUAAAGGGUUUUUAGCAGCAGGCAUAACAAAAGGAAGUAAUGUAACCGCAAGCUGCGCUCCUGAAGACAAGUUUUCUGUGGACGGCCUAAAUAAAAUAGGCGCAGUCAUAGAAUUUAACAACAAAGUCGUUGUGAAUAAAAGUGACUUAACCAUAAUUGCAGUCAAGCCGAAUAUUAUGCCUUUGGUACUAAAAGAAAUACAGGAUACAGUUACCCCAAAAAACUUGAUACUUUCAGUAGCAAUGGGUGUAACACUUGAACAAAUAGAAAAUGCAUUACCAAAGGAAACGAGAGUAAUCCGGGUGAUGCCAAACACACCUGCGCUUGUAAUGUCCGGAGCGACAGUUUUCGCUAAAGGAAAAAAAGCAACCGAGGCUGAUGGCAACACAACAAAAAGGCUUUUUGAUUCAGUCGGGAUUUGUGAGGAAGUGCCAGAGUACUUAUUUGAUGCAGUAACUGCUCUAAGCGGAUCGGGACCAGCAUAUAUUUAUACAGUCAUAGAAGCACUUUCUGACGGUGCGGUGAGAAUGGGCAUGACAAGGGAACUUGCUUAUAAAUUGGCUGCACAAACUGUAGUAGGUGCUGGAGCGAUGGUUAAAACUGGAGAACACCCCGGAGUGUUAAAAGACAAUGUAACUUCACCAGCAGGCUCUACGUGUGAAGGUCUCUAUUAUCUCGAAAGGAAUAAUGUUAGAGCGUCUUUUAUUGAAGCAAUAGAAAAAGCGACCCUUAAAUGCAAGGAAACAUCAAAAAACAAUUCCAAAUAAAUUAAAUAAUAAUAAACAGUAAUAUAUUUUUCUCUAUUGUGUUUCAUUUAGGGGUUAUUUUUUU